CACCCGCGGGCUGGGAAUGACAGUGGCGCUGAUGGUGAUGUCGUUCAGUCAGUCCUCUCUCAGCAGUGCGGUGGUGUGGCAGUGAAACAUUUGUUUGGCUUCGUUAUCGCGAUCCGCGGCUGUUCGGAGAGAGGCCGAGAGGAAGUGGGAGGGGGGUGAGCUGGAGUGAGAGUGGGGCCGUGCUAAGAGUCGUGCUGGGCACUUUAAGAUCCCGCUACGAACUCCCAACACGUGUCCCGGACUCAUCCUGAACCAGCAGCAGCAGCAGGAGCAGCAGCAGGAGCAGCAUCAGACUCCGAGAUUAUCGCCACCGGAUCAGGGUUGUAGGUGGAAGGAGGGGGGGACACUAUCCCGUUGGCCCGUGAAAGAAGCACACAGACCCUCCUCCACCACCACCACGUCCGCCCACCUCUCAGGACCAUUAUAAUCCACGGACGGAGAUGACACGAGACGCAGUCACGCCCUUCGGGAGCGCACAUUGCUCUCCGGGCAUGAGGACCUGCAAAUUCCUGAUGAUAAAUGUCGGCGUGUCGGUCGUCCUCUAUGUCUGCAUCAUGGCCAUGUUCCUGCGCACCGAGAGGCACGAGGUGUGCCCGCUGUGCCGCUGCACCAGCACCGUGGCCCCCGACUUGGCUCGCCGGCGCAGCGAGGAGCGCAUCGUGGCCGCGGUGCUGGGCGCUCAGAACCACACGGCCGCCGAGGCGUUCGGGACUCUCCUGCAGGAGCUGGGCCUCCUGAGGAGCUCCCUGCACGACCUGCACGGCAGCGCCAACGGAUCGAGCGCGCGCAACGAGGGCAUCGUCAGGGCCAUCCUGGAGGACGUGCGGGAGCUGCUGGAGGCGAGCAAAGCGGCCGCGCGGGCGGCGGCGGCGGCGGCGACGGAGUCCCCGGAGAAGCUCGUCCAGGAGAAGAGGGACGCGGAGCAGCAGCGGGAGGCGUGGAGCUCCUUGCAGCGGAACGUGGAGCACAUGCAGCGCCUGUACACGAACUUCUCGCUGACGAUCAGCGAGGCGGUGAGGAGUCAGAGAGCGGCGGUGACGACGGAGAGGCCCCACGUGCGGCGGGACACCUACAGCAUGUCACUCGCGUGCCGGCCCAUCCCCAAGCGCAACAACAGCGCCUGGUUCAAGAGCCACUUCAACGACACCGUGAGGCCCUUCCUCACCAACCAGACGGCCACCCUCUCCAACGACACCCUCAAGUGGUUCAAGACGAUGCAGUCGGACCGCAACACCCCGGAGAAGUUGCAGGCCCUGGUGACCACCUUGCUGUCGCUGCUGCCGCCCAACGCCGGCUUCCCGCGCCCGUCCUCCAAGAGCUGCUUGCGCUGCGCCGUCGUGGGCAACUCGGGCAACGUGAAAGACCUGCGCUACGGGGCCUUCAUAGACCAGCACACUUUCGUCUUCAGAAUGAACAACGCGCCGGUGCAGUGCUUCGAGCGCGACGUGGGGAAACGCACGACGCAUCGCUUCGUCUACCCGGAGAGCUUCAAGGAGGACAUCGCCACCGGAGUGGGCCUCGUGCUUAUGGCCUUCAAGUCCAACGAUUUCCUGUGGCUGCUCAACAAGCUGCCCAACUACAAUGUCUCAAGAUUUGUGUUAAAGAAGAAGGUUAGCCUACUGGACCUGAAACAAACCAAGGUGUUGGUGGUGAACCCCACGUUCAUGAAAUAUGUUCGCGAGGCCUGGGGUGAGAAGCACGGCCGAUAUCCCUCCACGGGCUUCCUCACCACCUUGUUUGCGUUGCACGUGUGUGACGAGGUGAACCUCUUUGGCUUUGGACAAGACCGCCGCGGGAGCUGGCACCACUACUGGGCAGACACCUACACGGGGGGAGCGGCCUGGCGCAAGACUCUCGUCCAUGACGGCGACUACGAAGCGGGCGUCCUGGCGAGGCUGGACGAAGAGGGCGUCAUAAACAUCUACCGCGAGUCUUGAUGAGGAGCUUGUGGUCGUGGUGGGUGUGCCACGGUGGGGGGCGGGGGGGGGGCAGCGCUCUUCGUGAUGGAACCCUUGAAGGAGGACCGGUCGAGACGAAGGCUUCAGUGGGAAUUUUCAAACUUGAAUGACUGUUUUAUAAUUACUUCCCUGCGGCUGAAAAAAACAAAAAUAGAUUGCCUUCUGAGCGAUCCUUUCGAGGUGGGAUUUUCAAAGCCAGGCGUCGUCUGGCUGCGACGCUCAUGGACGAGUCAUUGGUGGUUGAAACCUGGGCGGUUGCAAACUAUUUUUUGCACGCUAUGCUUCUUUGCCGGGUGCUGACAAUUGCACAGUUUGUCCGUGGAAACGUUGGAACUCGGCGAGACGCGAUUGCUCGGCUUUAGGUAGGAGCUGUUCCUCAUUUGCUAUCGGCUACAAGGAGGGAAAUUGAGGAGGGGCGAAUCACUGAUAAACACAUAACAAAGGUGGACAUUCCGAAAUGCUCUCUGCAACUAAAUGGUAAUAUCACUGGCACUAUAACUGUUCACAAAUUGUCAACAAAACUGUGAUGUGAGUAUAUAUAUCUACGUGUAGGUGCUAUCCAGCAUGUGAUUCUGAUUGUUUAUAUCAAGUUGUUUGGUUGACCUACGUUUAUACCAAGAUUUUUUCAUCAGCUACCAAAAUAGAAUAUCACGUGAAGUCACAUCAUACAUAAUGUGACGUGUUUAAUUACCCAUAUCACUGUGAUUUCUGAAAAUCAAUGAGAAAAAUGUGCACAUAAGUAAGUUGAAUCGAAUGUUUUUACGUUUAUCACUUCUACCUAUUUUUCACUGGAUAUGAUUGAUAUGUUGUUGUUGUACAGCUUGUGUCAGGGAAUUAUGACAUUUCGAUUUCGCAUCCCAACUGCCCAUCAGCCUGGAUGCAAGCUCAAUGAACCUUCCAUUUGGCACACAUUGAAAAUGCAGAAAUCUAUAAAAAUGCGUUGCUUUCUUGUGAAGAUGUACAAAUACGCGAUGAAAUAAUGCGUUUUUUGAAAAUUGGAGGAAAAUGAGAUUAUGAUCUCUAUAACAUUCUGACAUUUGCAAAAAAAAAAACUCCACACCUGAUGAUGAUUGCUUGUGUUGCAGUCGAAACGUCGUGAGAAUUAAAUGUUUAUUUUUUAUUUAAUUAUUUCCCUUCUACGUGACUUUACCGAAAGAACCAAGAAUAUGAAUCCCUGCAGUCACGAAAGCUGUAAAUCUAAACUCCACAUCUCCCUGCUGUAGAAUUUCCACCGAUGGCACAGGAAUAUCGACGGGGAGAGGCUGGUCCGGCCAUUGGUCAUUUUACGCACGGGGAUACUUUGACCCGAUCGUUAGGGGCCGGUUGGGGGCCUGACCCCCACCCAUCCCCUACCUGGAGAGAAAAAAAAGGAAAAUGCCACAAGAAAACUAUACAAAACUGUAAAAGUUAUUUUUUUACUGCACAUUAGUGAACGUUUUAGUCUAGCUAAUGUACAGAUUUGCAAUUGCAAUUGCUUGUGACUGGAAGUGAACGAGCAGUUAUGAGAGUUGGCUCCUUCAGGGUUGGCGUGGACAUUCGAGUAAAAUGCUGCAUGCCAAUUAUGUAAUUGUGAGACCAUGUUAAAUGUGACCGGAUUGAGUGUUUCCACCAUCUUAUGCACUUAUUUCUGAUCCGUAAAGCAAAGUUUAAGGUAGUUAGUUGCUACUUGCUUUGUGUAAACACAUUUUUUUGGUCAUUGUAUUCAGUCCCUUGCUUUUCCAGAUAAUAUUUCUUCUUUUAAAAAUUGCAUUCACUUUUCCCAUCUUGGUUUUAACACCUUUGCCAUAGCUCGUGUUGCGCAUCUGAAUACAAAAAAAAAACGAGAAGCUGUGUAAAUUUUCAAUAGAGUUUACUGUGACCGACAUCGUUUAUCAAACUCCCCAAGUUCCUACUUUCACAAGUUUUGUAUUCUAUUAAUUUAUAACGUAAUAAUAAUAACAACAAUGAUUACAGCUUAUAUAGUGCCUUUCAUGAAAUCUCAAGGCACACUUUCACAUCAAGGACAAUAGGCUGUGGGAUUGGGUACGAAAUGGCUCCGAGUUCAAAUAGGAAACGCCGUCUGAAAGAUAAAUGUUGUUAGGCUAAAGGACGUGUGAAGAUGUGAAGCGAACCAGAUUAUUUUGCAGCCUCCUUUAGCCAGUACCUCCAUUUCUGCCCGAGAGCUAAACCAGCAUGAUCACCAGCAACAUCUUAAGUCUCCAAAUCAAACACGUUAUGUAAACGAGAAGAAGAUUCAAUCGCAGCAGCAAUACGCAUGUUGGCUGGGACACACGGAUUGGUGGCACGAUUGAGAGUGGUGCCUUCCCGCUGUUUGCGAGCACGACGUUUGCGUUGUUGUUAUUUGGAUUGAUGUACAAGGGGAUGUGGGGCUGAGUGAAGCUGAGUAGAUUUGUCGAUGACUGGUACCAGCAAAGUUAAGAUUGGCCUCUGUGGAGGAAGCUUGUGAAGGACGCUACUGAGCAGAUGGAGGCAGUCGUCCUCCAACAACAACGGAGGGUGGACGAGCGACGCUCACAACAACGAGUGGAGCGCCGGGUGGAUAAAGCACAGCAAAUUUGCACAGUAGGGGGCACAGGUGGUGCAUCGGCCGGUCAUCUCAGUCGGUCAACUCAUGGCACCUGGGUCUCUCCCGUGACCUGCCAGCUGGCGUUCGAUCCAUAACGUCGCCUUAAAGUACACAUAGCCUGGCACAAGCGCCGAGGUGACGCCACCGCCACAAAGGGACGAAUGGCAGGUUGUUGUUAUUUCCAAAGUCAGAGCUCUACGCUUUUCACCAUUGAUCCAUGCCAGACUGGACGCCAAAUGUUGUUGUUGCUUUUAUUUAUGUUUUAAAGAACCUUAUUUAUACCAAAAUACAACAACAAUACUUAGAUAUUCUGGGUUGUUGCAUUGAUAAAUGAGUUUUAAUGUA